CUUCAGUCUUGCACAGGUGUACCGGCUCCUCCCCUUCAGUCUUGCACAGGUGUACCGGCUCCUCCCCUUCAGUUUUGCACAGGCGUACCGGCUCCUCCCCUUCAGUCUUGCACAGGCGUACCGCCUCCUCCCCUUCAGUCUUGCACAGGCGUACCGGCUCCUCCCCUUCAGUCUUGCACAGGCGUACCGGCUCCUCCCCUUCAGUCUUGCACAGGCGUACCGGCUCCUCCCCUUCACCUUACUGUGCCUUGCCCCGCCCCUUUCAUUCAUUGGAUUUCAGUUAAUUCAAUAAUACAGGCUCAACACCGCAUAUGGGCAUAUGCAAAUACAGCCCGCCUAGAACGGCCCACUCCUCCAGACUGCCAGCCA